AGUACGACUCAGUUAUUCAUUUGUUCAUCAUCAUAUUUUAGCCGCUGCUCUUUGUAAACAAAAUUGAAACGAACUAAACAAAACAAUACUUAUAGCACUGGCUAGAGUUUCGAUUCUAAAAUCGGCAUCUUUUGGUAACACACAUGGAAAACCUUUUCAAAUGGCUAAGCGGAUCGGUCCGAUUGAUAAAUUUCGACCUGCCAAAAAGCUUAAAUUAGAUAUAAGUGUAAAUCGUGGUCGGAUCAGCAAUAUCUCGUCAAAUGUUGUAGAUUUGUGGACGAGUGAUGAUGACGAUGCCGUUUUGUCAGCUACCCAAAAAGCAGAGGAAGAGCACCGCCAUACUGAUGGUCUACAAAAUACUCAAAACGAAUUCACCUUCAGAAAAUUUUCUGCUCAAGCUUUUCAAGCCACUACAAGCACACAGGGAAUAUUUAAUGAUGAGAUGUUUAGCAGCCGCCUCUCGACAAAUUUAGACAUCGAAGAAAUACUUGAGACUGAUGACACUAAAGUUUUCUUACCUGAUAAUGAAUGUGGCAAAAAAUCAGAGCCUGAAGUAACGGAUUCUUCCACUACGAAAAAAUUGAGUGAUUUUUCUACAAGCCGGGCGAAAGAAUCAAGGCGUCAAUUGGCACAGGAGCGUCAGCUCAAAUUUUUAAUGGAACGCGUUGAUGUGCUCAAAAAGGAAAAUGACAAAUUGCAGAGAGACCUGGCAGAUAGUAACAAUCAGGCUAGUAUUAAGGAUGGCGAGGUUGGUUUACUACGCACCGAGAUUCAACAAGCGCGUAAGCUGCUCCAAGCUGGUAAGGUCGAUAGGCUAACGAUGGUGGAAGAUGAGAAAAAGGAGUGUAUUGAAAAAAUAUCAAAUGUAUUUAAGCAUCUUAGAGCUAAAGACACAGAAUUAAAUUUUACAGAGGUAGAGUUGACCGAACUUAAAAUUAGGAAUGCGAAAAAAAACGAACGGAUUCACAAAGGAACAGAUUCUGACGCAAGUCGAAGUUUGCUUCGUAUUGAAAAUUUAUGCAUUGAAUUCCCUUUUGCAAAAAAAAAAUCCAUAAAACCGAAAGGAUAUGUGUACGAGUACACGAAAGAUAAAUGCGGUAAGAAAAAGCAACGAACUUUUUUUGAAGUGGAGCUAGAGCAUCUACUUCUUAAUUUCGCGCAAAUGCAGUCAGAGCCUGAAAAUGUUAAAGCAGUUAUAAACCGUAUAUUUGCUUCUGCGGGCAGGGUUUUUACAGAGUUUUGGUUCUAUACCCAGAGUUUAGAAUUACAACAAACCUUUAUGAUGUAUCCCCAUCGUCCUUUUGAUUUACACUCAGAUCAAAAUACACAGAUGCGCUCUUCGUUGAUUCAGCCCAGUGCUUUAUAUGGCAUGGAACGAGCAGUCCUAUUACGCCGUUAUAUUGGAACAUUGGCGUUAAUAUGCCAAAAACAAUGCAUAAUUUCGCACACGUUGCUAUCAAGAAAGUAUGACAAAUACUGGAUAACAAAAUUACUAAGCGAAGCGAUUACUUACUUAAGUUACUCCUUAGAGGUUGUCGAACAUUCAGGUGUUCUUGAAGCGACUUCUUCGUUUCUUCACAGUUUGCUGAGCUAUAUAAAUUCGAAAAAAGACUCUAUGUCCGGAACUCAGAAUGGCUUUCUUUUUGAUUUAUUAAAACAAUUGGUGUUCGCUCGUCCAAGCCCCUGGGUUUUCAAUGAGUUAAGUGCGUGCAUGCAACUGUGCACACGAAAGAGUCAGCUAAUGGCAAGAAUGUGUGUAAAUUGCCCUAAUGACUGCUUUGUGUCGGGUCGGAUUCGUUCGCUUUACCGUUUUGGGCAGAACUCUUGUUUAAUUCAGGUAUAUGCACGACUGCUUGAGUUAUGCUUUCAUAGCGAUUUGCCUCUCCAACCUAGCCGGUUCAAGCUUUUGCUAUCGAUAUGUGAGAAUCACGUGCGCUUCGUUUACCAAUGCUUCACAGUUACACCUGAAUUUAUACUAAGAAUGUUUUCACUUCCAUCAUUUACUGAUUACGAAAAGGAUAAUGAGGACACAUUAUCCAAAGUUGUCGGUAUGCACUUCGAUGAAAGUCUUAUUAAUAACAUUGACGCCAAUUCCCAAAAGUCCUCGCUCGAUGCAACAAACGUGUCUAAAAUAACUUUAGCCCCUGCGCAGGAAAAACUUCAAGAAAUCCGAUGUGAGUGCUAUGUAAAACUAUGCCUGAGUGUUGUCACUAUCGUUUACCAAAUGAUGCAUCAAUGGAUAUUUCAAAACAAUAAAUCAGAUAUUUCACGAGUUGGAAAAAUCUCACAGAUUGCUGUACAUCUAUUUACGCUUAUCUUUCGCGCAUAUUACCUCUCCUCCAUUUUCCGAGACUUUGAAGAAACAACAAAACAUUAUUUAUCUCUAGUAUGCAAUUGGUGGCAAAGCCAUGCGCGACUUUUGAAAUUCGAAGACGUGCAUUUACGAUUUUUGAGACAAUUGCAGAGCUUGCAUUUUAUGUUAAAACCGUUACACAAGGAUGCAAAUCCUACCAAUCCAAACGAUGACUUAUUAGAGUGGAAGCGAAUCGUGAGCAAUGAAAAUGUACCUCAAUAUAUUUCAAGAGAAACUCCAUUAGAUUCUAAACAUUGGGAUUUAUCAUAUCAUUUUAUGGGUUACUUUUUUAAUGGUCUAAAAAGAAAAUCUUAUAAUUUUGAAUGAGUGAGGUUUGUACAUAAGUCAUUGCCAUAUUGUUAUAAUUAUUAUACACAAAUAUACUUAUCCAAACUGUAAAUU